AUGCCAGGGUGCUCUUUAUGGCUCCUGCCACCCAGCGACUCACCAAUCCAACUCAUACUCUCUGACCUCGUAACUACGAAGAUCCCCUCCCUUUUUCCCGAACUCCACAAUGUUGUGUUCGAGCCACAUAUGACACUGACCUCCGAGAUAACGCUUCCUCCGGACAUUAGCGGCAACAAGCGAGCCCAAAGAUGGCUCGACGAUCUACCGCUGCCGAAGAAAGUCAAUGUCGACGUUUGCCUUGAGUCACUCGAUGUGGGGGCUCAAUACUUCAAGAAACUUAUAUUAAGUGUGAGCAAGGGACCCCUAGAGACUUUCGCGGCACACGUGCGUUCUACUGCCGUGGAGAAUGGGGGUAUGACUGCGGCGACAAGCUGGGUGAAGGAGACCUGGGCACCGCAUGUCAGCUUGAUGUACGCCGAUAUCGAAGUCACCGCCCAGAAACGUCAGGAGAUCCUGCAGGUGGUCGCGGAGGCGGGAAUACGAAUAGAGAAACAAAACGUGUUGCUCGAGGACGGGAAAGGCGACUACAGUGGAUGGACUGGGGGCCGCAUUGCACUGGUCGAGACCUGGAAAGAGCUGAGGGACUGGGAGGUCGUGGCUGCAAGAGCGAUAUGA